AUGGGGGCGCGGAUCGGCCGCAACCUCUGCGCUUCACUCCGAAAGGAGAGGUAUCAGCGCCUGGAAGGUGCAGAUGGUCCUGAAGAGCGGCACAGGGAGGGCCAAGAGGCGUCGGAAAGUCUUCCGUCCUUCAAGAAGAGUGCGAAUUCUCCACAGAGGAUACGCGAAGCGGACUUUGAGUUCCUCCAAUGCAUUGGGAAAGGAACCUUUGGCCGAGUGUACCUCGUCAGGAAGAGGGACGACAGUUCUCAGAGGUUACUGGCCAUGAAGGUCCUCCGCAAGUCUCGGAUCGGAGACUCCAGGCGCCGUGCUGAAUACAUCAUCACUGAGAGGAAGGUCUUGAGAAGCGCGAACCACCCCUUCGUGGCGAGGCUAAGGUAUGCAUUCCAGUCGGCUUCGCGGCUCUACCUUCUCACGGAUUUCUUUGGCGGUGGCGAGCUCUUGGAGCACAUUCGCCGCUCAGGGCGUUUUAGCGAAGCUCAAGCUCGGUUCUUUGUGGCUGAGGUGGCCCUCGGCCUGGAGUAUCUCCACGACAAAGGAAUCUGCCAUCGAGACCUGAAGCCCGAGAACGUGCUCCUGGACCUGGAGGGUCACGUCAGGCUGACUGACUUCGGGCUUGCCAAGAUGGGGCUCCGGACUGCCCUGACGUCCACGAUGUGCGGGACCCCGGAGUACUUGCCACCGGAGGUCUUCCGGCGGCAGUCUUAUGCCUGCGAGUUGGAUUGGUGGUCUUUUGGUGUGCUCAUGUUCGAAAUGUUGGAGGGGCGACCUCCAUUCAGAGAUCAGAAUGAAAACAGGCUGUUCCAAAUGAUUAUGGAUGGGCAGUUCCGCUUUGAGUAUGUACAUACGGACGACGCCAACUGCCUCAUCAAAAAGCUUUUGACUCCCGACCUUGCAUCUCGACUCAAGUCGGCGGCCGGCAUCAAGGCGAGCCCUUGGCUUGUGUCCAUCGACUGGGAAGCGGCCUUGAACUUGAACCUGAAGCCUCCCUUCAGGUCCCUACAUCCCGAGGGGCAGUACGUCCUCUUCAGUGAGUUGCAGUUAGCCGUUAGCGCGGCCAUGGUUGUCAAGUUCUUUCCGGGCGAAGCAUUCGUGAGUGACGGUGAGUGUGAAAGGGCGGCCGUCAUUGCGGCGCAGCUGCAAAAAUCAGCUUGUGCCCUUCCGCAGUGGAGGCAAAAAGGCAAACGCAAACAGCACUUGGCAGCUCUGUACCUCACGGCCGAAGCAACAACUCUGCAGCUGCAGCCACUGCUGCUCUUCGCCACGCCAAGCGCUGCCAAGCUUGAAAGCCGAGCCUGGGCCUUCGGGGCCCUCGCAUCCCUCGCAUCCCUCGCGCUCAGGACUGGGGGGCCUGGGCUAUCCUCUGGCGGCCUUCGAAGGUGGUCCUCCUCUUGCCCCGGUGAGUGCCAGGCUUGUGAACGCACCUCUACCAGGCGAACGAGCCGAGCAGGCCAGCGUGGCCAGCGUGGCCAGCGUAGCAGGUGCGAGUAUCUCAUCUGGUGGGCCAGUCCUGCGCAAGAAGCUCUUCGACCAGAACGUGUCGGACUGGGCUUCGCGAUAUCGAAAGCACAAACAGAGUUUGGACCAGCUCACAAGGGACUGCGACCUUCUGCGGGCAGAGGUUUCGAAGCACCAGUGCUGAUCCAAGAGCAGGCCGAGGUGGACGAGCGCGCUCAGAAGGCCGCAGAGCUCGAGGACAAGUACCAGGGCCAUACAGUGGUGAAGUUCACCGACAUGAAAGGGGCGGUGGAGGCGUCUGGGCAACGAAAGGUGCAAUUGAGUUUGGAAGUCGGCGAAGCGCGGAAGCUGAAGGCUCAGCUGACCAAGGAGUGCAAGCUGCUGAAAGCCGACUAUGAGCGGAAGCACUCCGAGCUCGCCCGCGGGGCCGAGAUGCGGGACAGGCUGGAGCAGCAGCUCGUCAUGUACACACAGCAGCUAAACCAGGUGAGCGCUGAGCGGCAACGCCUGGAAAAGGAGCUGGAAAUGGUGCAGCACAACUUGCGGCAGCACACGGAGCUGGCAGACGAGGCCCACAGCGAGAUCGAGCGGACCUGCGGUGGCAUGAAGGCCUCCGUGCAGCACCACAUGGCGACCUCCCUGCGGCUCCAGGAACCCUUGGAGGACUGA